AUGAAAGGACCCACUUUAAAUUUUCGCAAAACUCCCAGUAAGGAUAGUGGCCCUAAGCCAUCGGAGAGUUUGCCUAAGCCGGAAACGCCACCUCCAAAGUUUGUGGAGAAUUCGAGUCUGGAAUUUAAUUUGCUGGCCAGCGAGAAGUUGCCUAACUAUGCCAGCUUGGAUCUCUUUCAUAGUGCCGUGUAUCCAUUUAUGCUUUUGGCACAAUGUUUCGCUAUAAUGCCUUUGGUGGGCAUCCGGGAAUCGAAUCCACGACGGGUCCGUUUUUCCUAUAAAUCACUACCCAUGGUUGUUACCCUGGUCUUCAUGGCAGCCACAUCCAUAUUGUUUUUAAGCACACUCAGUCAUCUGCUCCAAAUAGGCAUUACUGCUAAGAAUUUUGUGGGACUCGUAUUCUUUGGCUGUGUAUUAACUGGAUACGUGGUGUUCAUUCGCCUGGCUAAGAAAUGGCCAGUACUCAUAAGAUAUUGGACCAGAACGGAGAUGGUAUUCACCAAGCCACCUUAUGAAAUACCCAAAUGGAAUCUUUCGCGUCGAGUGCAGUUGGCUGCCUUGGCUAUAAUUGGCUUGUCAAUGGGGGAACAUGCUCUAUAUCAGCUUUCGGCUGUACUAAGUUAUACGCGUCGUAUUCAGAUGUGCGCCAAUAUAACGACUGUGGCCAGCUUUGAUAAUUACAUGCAACGGAACUAUGACUAUGUGUUUCAGCUACUGCCUUACAGUCCUGUCAUAGCUGCUCUUGUGUUGUUAAUCAACGGAGCCUGUACUUUCGUUUGGAACUACAUGGACCUUUUUAUUAUGAUGAUCAGCAAAGGUUUGUCUUAUAGAUUCGAGCAAAUAACUGCCCGCAUUCGCAAACUGGAGCAUGACGAGGUCUGUGAAUCGGUAUUUAUCCAAAUCCGGGAGCACUACGUCAAGAUGUGCGAGUUACUAGAGUUUGUGGAUAGUGUCAUGUCCAGUCUAAUAUUGCUGUCAUGUGUUAACAACCUGUACUUUGUUUGCUAUCAGCUGUUGAAUGUUUUCAACAAACUGCGUUGGCCCAUCAACUACAUCUACUUCUGGUAUUCCCUACUAUAUCUUAUUGGACGCACCGCAUUUGUGUUUCUCACAGCAGCGGAAAUUAAUGAGGAAUCCAAGCGAGGACUAGGAAUUCUGAGAAGGGUUUCCAGUCGCAGUUGGUGCGUGGAGGUGGAGCGCCUGAUAUUCCAGAUGACAACCCAGACGGUUGCCCUUUCUGGAAAAAAGUUCUACUUCCUUACACGUCGUCUGCUCUUUGGAAUGGCUGGAACGAUUGUAACCUAUGAACUGGUCCUCUUACAAUUCGAUGAACCCAAUCGACGCAAAGGACUGUCGCCCUUGUGUGCCUGA